GUCUCUGGUUUCUAGUCUUGGUCUCCGGAUAGGUUGUACUAAUCUGUGAGUAUCUCCAGAACUAAUUUUCUUUUAAAGGUUUGUGAUACUUGCCCAGUGUUUGGGAUGUGCUGCAAUUGAGGAUACCUGGCAUUAUUUCCUGCAUCGACUCCUUCAUUAUAAGAGAAUAUAUAAAUACAUCCACAAAGUACAUCAUGAAUUUACUGAAUCCUCAUAGAAGGCUGAUAAUCCUAUGCAUAGUUACCUGGAAUGGCUAUGAUAUUCCUCUGAAUCCUUUACAUUUGUUGCCUUUUUACGCUGGGGCUUGCUUUCAUGACUUCCAUCAUAUGAACUUCAUUGGCAAUUACUCCUCAACGUUCACAUGGUGGGAUAAACUCUUUGGUACCGAUUCGCAAUAUAGGACUCACACAGAGAAAGGGAAGAAACAAGAACACACAGAGAAAAGAAGAUGGAAUAAAUCUCCCAUUUGCAACAGUAUUUGGAGCAUCCAAGAGGCAAAUGGCUCCCAUCUUACUUUUGAUUAAAACUGGAAAACAUAACACAUGUUGCAGAUCAAAGCA